AUGCGCCCUGCCGAGGACCUCCAUGACGGGAGGUUGGUGCAAACUUCCCACGAUCAGGUGCCAUCCAGCAUGCUCGUCAACAGUGUCAGCGACUGUGAACGAGACGGCGCUAACCUCAGAGUGGCGUUGCAAAAGCUCGGUUUUGCGAACGAGAAGCUGAAUGGAGACGAUCAUUGCGAAUGGGAAUCGGAGGGCAUCUUUUGCAGCAAGACGGAAACACACUGUGUGGAAUAUAUCUGGUUGCAUGAGAAGAAUUUGACAGGCAAGCUGUCUGUGGAACUCGGCAAGUUGACCAGACUUACCCACAUGUGGUUCGGUGAGAACCCGCAAUUGUCUGGCAAUCUCGGGACCUUGAGUGCCCUUGCGGACCUCGUGCAACUGGAUCUGCAGAACACGAAGGUCACGGGAGAGCUAAACACUUUGAAGAAUUUGAGGAAGCUGCAGUUUCUGAAUCUAUUCCAUACGAAGGUUCAUGGGAAGCUGGAGGCUCUCUCAAAUCUGGUGGAACUCGUUGAGCUGGACCUGUCCAGGACAGGAAUCAGAGUCUCCGUCGAAACGCUGAAGAACUUCGACACCAUGACAAAAAUAAUGCUAGCGGAGACGCAGACCAGCGGUGAGCUGAAAGCCCUGAAAAAUCUUCACAAGUUGCGUCACCUGGAUCUGUCCAAAACGAACACCACAGGAGUUCUGGAGGAUCUCGUGGACUCAGAGCAUCUGGAAGAGGUCUCGCUGCGAAGUACGAAGGUGACCGGACGUCUGACUCCCAAAUGGGUUGGAAAGCUUGGAGCGCUGAGGGUUCUGGAUUUAGCAGACACCCAGGCCCGUUUCGUGCCGACGGCAGAGGAUGUACGGGAGCUUGAAGUCGGAGGCAUCCUUCCGUCCUUGGCAGUACUAGAUGUCUCUGGAUGUCCACUGAAUGCUAUGGUGGAGGAUCUCCUUUGGUGUUUUAUACAAUCAGACCGCUUGGCAAAAGUGACAGCCGCUGGGUCGAACUUGACCGGCACGCUGCCUAACAUUGGUGAGCAUGCUCUAACGCGUUCUCUCCAAACACUGGACUUGUCCGAGAACCGGAUCAACCAUGUGGAGGGAGUGGUUGCCGGAAGCCUUCUCUCCCUUGCGAACAAUCCCACCAUAUCCUUCGCACCCGGCGUCCUGGCCAGAGCCAUGAAGCGAAAAACCAGGAUGGACCUGCGAGGAGUACGUGUUGCGGAGUCGCAGGUCGACAACGAAACAAUGAAUCUGCUGGCAAAGCUUCGUGGAGAGACGCCGGUCCAGAUCGACAACGGGCGGAUUCAGUGCUACAAGUUGAAGGGCGCGACGUUGGACGUCACUCCGGGUCUCUUCUUGAUCGAUCAGUUUUGCAGCCCCUCCGCAGGGUAUGCGCGCCUCUGGGCCUCGGACGCGACGGGUCAUCAGUGCUUCUUUCCGGCGAAAGAGCGAUGCAACGCGACGAACAGCAACAGCGAAUGGAAGCAGAUUGGAUGCGCUGAAGGCUACGAAGGCGUUCUCUGCAGCAUUUGUGCAGAUGAUUUCCGAAGCAGCGCAGGCCGCUGCAAGAGGUGCCCGGCAGACGCCGCAAAUGUCCGCCAGUGGCUCGCAGGGGCUGGUCUGCUGGUCGCGUCGGUCGCAGCAGGUCUCUAUGUUGCGUGGAGGAAGUGCUCCGAGCGGCUUCCGGAACUGCAGGAGGCCAAACCGACGGAUGCCCUGAUCCCGUUGCUGCUUGGGCAGGGUCCCGUCCUUUUGCAGUUCGUCCAGCUCUGGGCACUCCUUGCAACUCUUGGCUCUACGAAGACGGCUUCUGCGGCAGAUGAGCAGCUCCAGCAGGAGGAGCUGUCCCGAUGGUUGGAGCUGACAGCAACUGGCAUUGCUGAAGCGAUUAGCGUGCAGUGUAUCUUCGGCAGGCUGGUUGUGAGCUUCAGCGCCCUUGCAUCGCCGAGCCUGCCGCUGUUCUUGCUGAUGCUUUGCCUUCUCGUGGAAGUGCUGGAUUGGAGUGGAAAAUUAUUCCGGCAUGGCAGAGGGCUCGGCAUCGAUUUGGCAUUGAAGGUGCUGUUGUUUUUCUUCAUUGGCGGCGCGGCGAGCUGCGAGAAGCUCCUGCGCUGCCAGGAAGUUGAUGCAGGCGGAGACGGCUUGGGCGCUUACGCAUACCGCUUUGCGCUGCCCCAGCUGAGGUGUGAGGACUCUACGAGUGACGAAGCCGUCUGGGCAACUUAUGUGGGAUACGGCUCUGCCGUCGCAUAUGGCCUUCUCAUCCCUGGCUUCUUGAUCUACCUCAUUACGAAGCAGAACGUAGCCCUGGCUCCGAACCGGCGCUGUGUCUCCUGGGCCAAAGUAGAUGAGCACGAAAAGGUGAUUGUGCGGGCCAGCCUCAUCGAGUUUGUGUUGAAGGAUGGCGACACGGACGAGGAUGCAGACCUGAAGGCACGGCUCAACAAGGAGAGCCAGCAGCAGAAGAAGAUAGUUUCCGACAACCUGCUGGCAGCGGCCAUUGCCUACAGCGCAGUCUUCCUUUACGGACACAAAGUGCACAUAGUGCAGGAUGAAAAAGCCGAAUCUCUGAUGUUGGAAGGCGCAAGCAUCGACGACGGAAGCUGUGAGGGUUUGGAAUUCGAUGCGACGACCGCCUUGACCACUGCCCUGUCGACCAUCUCCACCAAAGAGCACCAGAUUGAUAUUGCAAUGCGUCGGUGGCAAAGUAUCACCAGGAUGCUGGCGGAGCGCGAGAUGCUCGAGGACAAAGCUGAUUCCGACAGGGUUCUGGCCGGUGCCAAGACGAUCUUCUUCAAGUAUGCUGCAUGCGAGGACGUCUGGGUAGAAGCAUUACUCAAAGUGGUUGCCGUUGCUUUGGUCACUACUGUUUACGUGAAGUCCUUGCUGCUGACACUUUUCAUCACGGUUGGCAUGGCCAUUCUCCUUGGUGCCCAGAAGCCGUAUCAGCAGCGUCAGGUGAAUGACCUGCAGAGCGGCUGCUUUGUUUGCUUGUCCGUGGCAGCCGUGGCCUUGAAGUUUGGCAGCUUUCAGAUCUCUCGAUUUGUGCUCGUCAUACCCUUCCUCGCGGCGUGCGUGCAGACGCUGCGGCCAGAUGGCGCCGAAGCCCUAGCGCUGCGACUUCACAAGGAAGCCAAGAGAAAGAUGAAGGACGGCAGCUCCCUUGACCUGGAGGUGAAGAAGGUCAAGUUCAUCUGA